AGGUUGUUUUUCAUCAUUCAGAACAUUGCCUGAAGCAGGUCCACCAUGCCGUUAAUAACGAGGAACAUCGAGCCAAGGCACCUGUGCCGUCAGACAUUGCCUAGCGUUAGAAGCGAGCUGGAAUGCAUGACCAACAUCACCCUGGCAAAUGUCAUCCGACAGCUGGCCAGCCUGAGUAAAUAUGCAGAAGACAUUUUUGGAGAGCUCUUUACUCAGGCAAACACCUUUGCCUCUCGGGUAAGCUCCCUUGCUGAGAGGAUCGACCGCCUACAAGUUAAAGUCACUCAGCUGGAUCCCAAGGAAGAAGAAGUGUCACUACAAGGAAUCAACACCCGAAAGGCCUUCAGAAGCUCUACCAUUCAAGAUCAGAAGCUUUUUGACAGAAACACUCUCCCAGUGCCUGUUUUGGAAACAUACAACACCUGUGAUACUCCUCCACCUCUCAACAAUCUUUCCCCUUACAGGGAUGAUGGGAAAGAAGCACUCAAAUUCUACACAGACCCUUCGUACUUCUUUGAUCUUUGGAAGGAGAAGAUGCUGCAGGACACCAAGGAUAUCAUGAAAGAGAAGAGAAAGCAUAGGAAAGAGAAGAAAGACAAUCCUAAUCGAGGGAAUGUGAACCCACGUAAAAUCAAGACACGUAAAGAAGAAUGGGAGAAAAUGAAGAUGGGACAAGAAUUUGUGGAGUCCAAAGAAAAGUUGGGACCUUCUGGGUAUCCACCCACCUUGGUGUACCACAAUGGCAGUAUCGGCUCAGUUGAAAAUGUGGAUGCAGGCAGCUAUCCGCCACCACCACCACAAUCAGACUCCACAUCUCCACCUUCUCCUUCAUUCUCUGAAGACAACUUGCCUCCCCCACCAGCAGAAUUCAGCUACUCAACAGACAACCAAAGAGGGUCUGGCUUGACUGGACCCAAAAGAACCAGUGUGGUCAGCCCAAGCCAUCCACCACCAGCUCCUCCUUUGGGUUCUCCACCAGGCCCCAAACCUGGGUUUGCCCCACCACCUGCCCCUCCACCUCCACCCCCAAUGAUUGGUGUCCCACCACCACCACCACCUGUAGGAUUUGGGACUCCAGGGACCCCACCACCACCUUCACCCCCAUCUUUUCCACCUCACCCUGAUUUUGCUGCGCCUCCACCUCCUCCCCCACCUCCAGCAGCUGACUACCCUACUUUACCACCUCCUCCCUUGUCCCAACCUACAGGAGGAGCACCUCCCCCUCCCCCACCUCCUCCUCCUCCAGGGCCCCCUCCUCCCCCUUUCAGUGGUGCAGAUGGCCAACCUACCAUGCCAUCACCACCUUCUGAAUUCAACAAACCCAAGUCCUCUUUGCCUCCUGUGAGCGAUGCCCGCAGCGACCUGCUUUCAGCUAUCCGUCAAGGCUUUCAGCUGCGCAGGGUUGAGGAACAGCGGGAGCAAGAGAAACGGGAUGUCGUGGGGAACGAUGUGGCCACCAUCUUGUCACGUCGCAUUGCUGUUGAGUACAGCGACUCAGAGGAUGACUCCUCUGAGUUUGAUGAGGACGACUGGUCAGAUUAA